AUGACCCCACGCCUUCGCCAUAGACCGCAGGUUGAAGAGGAGGAUGCCUCCGUCCUCAAGCUUGGACCCGAGUUCAACAAUGCCGGUUGUCUACUGAUUUCGGAAGUGAAGUACUUGUUGGAGAACAGAGACAAGGACGCACCAGACACUGCUGUCUACAACAAGACGCUUGAGUAUGUCAAGACAUUUGCGAAAUUCAAUACCACGGAUUCUGCCAGUGCAGUCCGAGAGACUUUGAGAAGAGAACCAGCACUUACGCAAUUUGAAACUGCGCAAAUUGCCAACCUAUGUCCCGUCGAUGCCGAAGAAGCAAAGAGUGUUGUACCGAGUCUCGUCAAGAUAGACGACGACAGACUCAAUGCCUUGCUUGUCGAGAUCCAGACAAUGAGAAAGUUUCAAACAUAACACGUCACGAUCAUGUGUCUGUGCACAUACAUUGUGUCCAUGCUCACGGUUUAUAUCCCUCUCUUCAUCCGCCAUGUGUUUGAAGCCACACAAUUUGCCUCCGUCUCCGGAGGGUCUACGUGCUCAGCACGCAUAUCGUCUUCUUCACGAAUCGCGGGGAUUGUUGGCUCGCAGCACACGGACGUAUGGCACCUCCUUCCUGUCCGAAAGAAAGGGUCGUCGGCAACUAGGCCAGAGAAAAAGAACCCUGCAUCGUGUAGCUGUGUAGGUCAGGGGAUAGCCAUGACCCAACCCUCAAUCACAUUUGUUCAUUCAUUGGC